AGUCUUCUGAUCCACCUAAGAGCAUAUGGUGUUUUUCACAAAAGGGAAGAGAGAUCAUCUUCUUGACUUUGGACUUUGCUUACGGAGCCCCUGAACAGGACCGAGGUUGCUAAGAGACCACCUGUGCUGAGUGCACUUUGUUCUGGCCAGAGUUUACGGAGAGAACACCAAGGAGCAGGGCUACCUACCACUACCUGGGAUUAAGCCAGAUUGGAAGAUGGCAAUUUCACUGAUGCCAAAAGAAAUGAUGGGAGCAAGAGCAUUCUGGAUAAGAUGUGUAAAAACUGGAUAUUAAUGUCUACUACUAUUCCCGCAAGUCCAGAAGAUGAAAUUAUUGGAAGACUUCUAAAAAUUUUGUUUGUUCUCUUUGUCGACUUUAUGUCUAUUAUAUAUGUCAUUGUAACUUCCUAAAGAGCUGAAUUCCCUUGCUUUACAUGUAAAUUUCACAUUAAUUCCACUGAAUAA